AUGGGCAGAUACUCGACAGACCCGGAGAACCCGACGAAGUCGUGCAAAGCGCGCGGAUCUAACCUUCGCGUGCACUUCAAGAACACGCGAGAGACGGCUCAGGCCAUCAAACGGAUGGCAUUACGUCGGGCGCAGCGCUACCUGAAGAACGUGAUCGACCAGAAGGAGAUCGUGCCCUUCAGGCGCUUCAGCGGCGGUGUCGGCCGCAAGGCUCAGGUGAAGGCCUUCGCCGGCACAACACAGGGCCGGUGGCCCGAGAAGAGCGCCGAGUUUUUGCUCCAACUGUUGCGCAACGCCGAGAGUAACGCCGACUACAAGGGUCUGGAUGUGGACCGACUGGUCAUCGAACACAUCCAAGUGAAUCGGGCGCCGAAGAUGAGACGCCGCACGUAUAGAGCGCACGGACGCAUCAACCCAUACAUGUCCAGCCCGUGUCAUAUCGAAGUGAUCCUCUCCGAGAAGGAACAGGUGGUCAGUAAGCCGUCGGCCGCUGAGGACGACGCGGCCUCUCCUAAGAAGAAGUUGUCGAAGAAGAAGAUGGCCCGACAGAAGCUGAUGCAACGCGAGUAG